CCGGGAGCCGCAUGCGGCCGGCGCACGCGCAGGGGAACCGGCCUCUUUGGGGCCCGCCCGGCAGGCGCUGCUGGUCGGCCGCGGGGAGCAGACGCGCAUCCGAGCACCGACGGGGUCCUGGUCGGCCGAGUAGGUGCGCUGCCUGCGGGGGCGGCUUUGACAGACGCCCCUGGACAAGGGAAUGCGUCCUCCCUCCCUGCAUCCCUCGGGGCGGCUGCAUCCAUCCUGACCCCGCUUAAAUUGCUGCUGCCGACGAGGGGGGCGGGUUGAGCGCGCUGGGGUCUCCUGGAGGCGGCGAGGCUAAGGAAAGCCCCUCCUGGGAGACAGGCUGCAAGCGCCCUGCCUCUGCCCUCAGUUGCAAUGGGAGAGCGGAGCAGCCUCUGCCCCCAACCUCUAGGCUGGACUCCGCCCUGCGCACCUGCUGCCCGCGUCCCGGACUCUGCGUCGGGGAUGCUGGCCUCGGGAUGAGGCGGGAAACGCGCAUCCUGCGUGCUUCCCCGCGAAAGUGGAGCCUCUGGGGCUGAGGCCCGCCCUUGCGUGCCAGCUCGUUGCCUCCAGCAGAGCUGCGCCUCUCAGACUAGCAUCCCAUGGAAAGAGGCCGCUGCCAUGAGCGGAAAGUCGCUGUUGCUGAAGGUGAUUCUCCUGGGCGAUGGUGGCGUCGGGAAGAGCUCCCUCAUGAACCGCUACGUCACCAACAAGUUUGACUCUCAAGCUUUCCACACCAUUGGGGUGGAGUUCCUAAACCGUGACUUGGAAGUAGACGGGCGCUUUGUGACCCUCCAGAUUUGGGACACUGCAGGCCAGGAGCGCUUCAAGAGCCUGCGGACCCCCUUUUACAGGGGGGCGGACUGCUGCCUGUUGACCUUCAGCGUGGACGACCACCAGAGCUUUGAGAAUCUGGGCCACUGGCAGAAGGAGUUUGUCUGUUAUGCCAACGUGAAGGAUCCCGAUCACUUCCCUUUUGUUGUGCUGGGCAACAAGGUAGACAAGGUGGAGAGGCAGGUGACCACCGAAGAAGCCCAAGCCUGGUGCUUGGAAAAUGGAAAUUACCCCUAUCUAGAGACCAGUGCCAAGGACGACACAAACGUGGCCGUGGCCUUUGAGGAAGCUGUUCGGCAGGUGUUGGCCGUGGAGGAGCAGCUGGAGCACUGUAUGCUGGGCCACACCAUUGACCUUCGCUCCAGUGCCAAGUCGGGGUCUUCGUGCUGUUGAGAGCAGCCGUGCAAUGGAAGCCGGAUUCAUGAACCAGUCACUCCGCAGUAGAGGUUCUGGAGGAGGCCCUUAGAAUGCAGCCAGAAAGGGCAGGCAGGUGGCCUGGAGACAUGAUCUGGAAGUAGCCGUUCCUCUGUCUUAGCAUACCUAACAUAUUGAGCACAACGCCGAAUCAAAUCGUUAUAGUUGUUGCAUGGGCCAGAUCUGCCAAUGAGGUGUGUGUGGCAAGGACAGUAGACCUCCCACAGUUAUUUUAUCAACUGGAAAAUGACCUUCUGCUGCCCUUCAGGAUGUUCCUGAAGUUACUGGGAGAAGCCAACAAGAGAGCGGAAAAAAAGAAAAAGGGAUCUGAUCCAGAGCCCCCCAGCCUUGAUUUUCUCUGGCAGUGCUGAGCAUAUGAGUGACAGCCUGACAGUUUGGCUUUUUAGUAUGGGGAGUGAGUGGGAAUGAAAUAAUUGCGUGAGAGAGAGAGUGGUUAGAAAGGGCAGCUUAGGCCUCUGUGUGCCCAUGCAUGCCCAGAGACACUGUUUGGGGUACAGUUGCCUGUAGUUUUGACGCCUUGCCGUGCUGUGAUGGUGGUGUUGCCUGGAGCAGAGGCUAGACACGCUUCCUCUUUCCCACUCAACCUUGCCCUUUUUAGCUUGUGCCCUCUGCCCUGCUAUGGGAAGCACCAUCCUUCUCGAGCCUUCUGAAACAUACUGAACAUUUGACAAGGGAGCGUGUGUGUGUGUGUGUGAGAAUGAGGCAGCCUAUAGGCAUAAUUCCUGUGUUGUGUGGGAAGGAGAUGCUUGCGGUUCCUCCUUGCUUGUCUACCUGGAAGGCAAAUCAGAUUUUCCUGGCAAGGAAUUGGAUUCCAGAUAUGGAUCUUGUGUGGUUGUCCCUGUAGCAUUUUCCCAGCAGCCUCUUCUCGCUGGUAGGAAUAGAAAUAUUAGGGGUAUUUGGAAGAUUCCUCAGCAGAUGGAUUUCUCUGCAGUGUCUGAACAGAGCCCAUGCCUUUUCAGGUUAGACAGUGUUUAAUUCCCUCCCAAGAGGACUAAUUUCUCCUGGAGGAAGGAGUGGGGGCAAUUCCGGCUUUCUUCAGAACCUGCGGUUCCAACAUUGGUUUGGUCUUGGGCAGGCUGUGAUGGGAGAGAAAUACUCCAGGCCCCUACUGUAUUCCUUCUACACUGUGUUGCAAGGUUUGGGGGCAGCUUUCCAGAGGUGCUUGAAAGUGGCUGAGCUUUAAAGUUCCAGAAGGAUAACCAUGUUAGCAUUUUGUAGUGAACCAGAACAAGUGCCGCCUUAUAGACUCUGGAAUAACUGUUGUUUGCGUUUAAGGUGCCACCAGACUUCUGUUUUAUACAGGAAACUCUGAGUUACAACCCAUGAAUUGGUGACAGUGCACUUAGAUCAGCUGCAUUCUCCCCACAGCCUUGAAUUACACCUAGCAGCAGUGGAGCAGAAAUGCAGCAGCUGUUCAAGCAGAGAAUUACCCUGCCAAGGCCCCAGAACAGCUGUGAGGGGUCACAGCCAUAAGGGGGCCUCUUCUUGCCAUAUUUUGCUAAGCAGUGGCUGCAGUUGCUUGGUAGCUUCUAAUGUCCCUUCUGUUCUGCUGUGCACAAUUAGUGCCAUGAAUUGGCCAUAAAAAUGCUGAGUGAUAAGUGUGCACCCUCUGCAGGAGAUCCUGGAAAUUGUAGCCUGUCCUUGCAUGGAACAAUAUGCCUGUAGGUGCAAAGCUGUUGCAAUUUUUUUUUUUUGCUUCAAAGGGCUGAGACCAGAGAACUUUUCCUGCUGCAAGUAACUGGCAAACUGCUGUAUGUGAACCCUCUACUCCUAUCCCAGAGACUGCUGGUCUCUCAUCUUCUGCCUUUGCUCUUAGUAAUUGAUUACCCAUUUUAAGUGGUUCAGUCUGGUUGCAAUUGGGAGCUGAGCAGGGCUGGUUUCUGAAGUGGCCCAGGUAUUGGUGAAGGCAAAACCUCUUUACUUGUAAACCCAGUUGGGUGCUAUUGCAACAUGUUCAGCCCUCCAGGUUGUGACUUGUGGUGUUUCCCACAAAAGAAAGGGAAGUGACUGCUGUGGUUCUAUCUUGGAUUCCAGGGAUAAUGCACAGUAUGGGUUGUCUAGAGUGUGCAUUGGCAGCACUGGGAAGAUGUCCCAUCAAGUGAACUGAAGAACGAUGAGUGAAUACCUUGAGAAGUCAGAAGUAUAUACUCUGGCAGCUUCAAUUACUAGAUGUUUCCCUUUAUAUCCAGAUCCAAUAUUUGGUUGGGCCUGUGUAAUUUUUACAUUCUUUUUAAAAAAAAAACCCUAGCAUUUUUAGUGAGUAUUAAUUUAUUUCAGAGUGCACCUGAUGUCUACUGGGAGGCACAUGACAGAGGAUCUUGCUUUGCAAGGCCUUGUUCCCAAUUGCUUGCUUCUUCCCUUCUAUUUGACACUUCUGUGGGCACUCCUGCAUUUUACAGGAGCCUGGAAUGUAUGGGGCAAGACUAAGACUUGUUGAAGCCAAUAAAAUGUGAAUGUAUUUAAGGGAA